AUGAUCGAGGAACACGACGAACACGAAACAAUAUGCGACUCGGUGAAUUCACUGGUGGAAGGCUGCCGUUUACCGGUCAGAAUGCACGGAACGGAAGAUUGGCCUCUUGCUGAAAUCAUCAGUGUUAAAGAAGUACAUGGUGUCAAGUGUUAUUAUGUUCACUAUGUAGAUUUCAAUAAACGAUUAGAUGAAUGGGUUAUGGAAGAUUGUUUGGACACACGGAAAGUUCAAUAUCCUCGUCGAGAUGGAACCACACCAGGAACUGGUGCAGCAACCCCUAAAAAGCAAGCAGUCAGUAGACCUCCUAGUCCUAGCAGCCUUAGUAACGAACCAGUUAAUGGUUCCGCUGUUUUACAAGCAGCGUUACAAAAGAAAAUGUCUAGAAAAAGAAAGGCAACUUUCAUAGAGAAUGAUGAUUCUCAAGAUGGCCCGCCACAAACACCUGGUCCAAGACCAACUGGUUCAUUAGUUGCUCAUCAUCAUGACGAUAUUGUUACUAGAAUGAAAAAUGUUGAACUGAUAGAAUUAGGUCGUCAUAGAAUAAGACCAUGGUAUUUUAGCCCUUAUCCACAAGAAAUGGUGAAUUUACCAUGUAUAUACAUUUGCGAAUUCUGUUUGAAGUAUAGAAAAAGUCGGAAAUGUUUAGAGAGACAUCUAGCUAAGUGCAAUUUAAGACAUCCACCUGGCAAUGAGAUAUAUAGAAAAGGUUCGAUAUCGUUUUUUGAAAUUGACGGCCGAAAAAAUAAGAAUUACGCACAAAACCUUUGUUUACUGGCGAAAUUAUUUUUGGAUCAUAAGACACUUUACUAUGACACAGAUCCCUUCUUAUUCUAUGUAAUGACAGAUUUUGAUAGUAGAGGCUUUCACAUAGUUGGUUAUUUUUCGAAAGAGAAAGAAUCAACGGAGGAUCACAAUGUAGCUUGUAUUCUAACACUGCCACCAUAUCAAAGAAGAGGUUACGGAAAAUUAUUGAUAGAAUUUUCUUACGAACUAUCGAAAUUCGAGGGUAAAACCGGUUCACCUGAAAAACCAUUGUCCGAUUUGGGAUUGCUGUCUUAUAGAAGUUACUGGGCGCACACCAUACUGGACAUUCUCCUCAACAUAAAACCGUUAAUAGAAAAUGAGAAACCACAGAUCACGAUAAGUGAAAUAUGUGAGCUGACGUCGAUUAAGAAAGAAGACGUGAUAUCGACGCUUCAGAACUUGAAUCUCAUUAAUUACUACAAAGGACAAUAUAUUGUGACAUUGAAUAGGGAUAUUAUCGAGCAACACGCAGCCGCAAUGGAAAAGAGGCAAAUCAGAAUAGAUCCUAAGUGUCUUCAUUGGACACCAAAAGACUGGAGUGUUAGGGCAAAAUGGUGA